AUGGAGGGAUUGUGCGGGAUGGCAGAAGACACGCAGGAGGCGAUGGCGAUGCUGGAGAAGGAGUUGGAGACUGCGAACAAGAGGUUGUGGGAGGCUGAAAAUGAAGUCCGAGAACUUUCCAACAAGCUGGAGAUCUCGAAGCAAAACGUGCAUGUAUUGAGACGUGGCUACACGGAGAAGAUCGACGAGCUACAACGUCGAAUCCUAGAAAAAGAUGAAGAAUUACAGAAAGUCAUUCGGGAUUAUUCAGAGCGGUUAUCUGCGAAGGAAUCAGAGAUGCAGAGGGUAUUAGGAGAAUCUCAAGACGCUAUGAGGGUCAAACACACGGACAUUCAGAAACUGAUGGAGGACAACGAUGCCCAACUGAGAAUUCUCAACAAGAUCUGCACCGAGAGGGCUGCGAUGAUCGAGGAGCUGAAGGAGGAGAGCUCGGAGAAGGACAAGAUAAUCCAUACCCUUCAGGAGAUGGUGGCGUGCAGCGAGAUGAGCGACAGCAGGAGGCUGUCUAUGCGGCAGACGAAGAGGAUGGCUUCACCUCUGAGGGAGAGCAACGGGUCGGCAGCGAGGGAUCUGGUGUUGAUGGACAAGGUGGAGGAGGACAUGGAGAGGCGGGUAGAGACGCAUCUCGUGUUUGAGAACAGACAAGUCGAUCAGAUCUCCAACGGAGUUGUUCAUUCCGCUUCCUUCCAUGACGUCAAGAGAAUGACGUGCUCUCCUAUCCCGAUCAGUCGCAAACAGAAUGACUCGACCGAGUCCCAGCAAUCGAUCUGGACGCAGCUCUACCACAACGCCAUGUCGGACAGUCACAUGUGGGUCGUCAAGAUAGAGAGGGAGAGUCGCUUGCAAAUCGACAGCAAGCCUUGUCUCCAGAGCGACUACGAAGAGCUGCUGUCCGUCAACCACAUCCUACAAGAGAGGCUCCGAUCGAGCGAGCUCGGUUAUCAGAUCGUGAUGAGGGACCUGAAGGAGGCGAGGUCGACGCUGAGCUCGCAGCAAGAGGCUCUGAUGCAGAGGGAGUCGAUGCUGAGGAAGGUGGAGGAGAUGGCAGGAGAAGUCGUUGGUGCCCUCCGGGACGUGGCGCUCCUUGUGUCAAGACUGGACGAGAAGAUGGCGCAGGAAGGAUGCCAGACCGAGAGGCUCGUUGAGAGCAUGAUUCUCAAGGAGGAGAUAGCAACAAGGAACGUGAAGAUGACUGGCGCCAUGAACAGCCUCAAGUCUUUACAAGAAAGGUGCAAGCAGGACGAGAACGUGUGGAUUUCCAAGAUCCAUCAUCUCGAGCUUCAGCUCGCACGCGAGGCUGCCAGGAAGUCGCAGGAGGAGGAUGGCGAGCGAGUCAAGGACGGCGGAUCCCUACCCCCUGAAGUCCAGAGGAGGCUGAGCCAGGCCGAGGAGCUGCACCACAUCUCCGAGAAGCAGAUCGAGCUGAUCGCCGAGCUGCAAACCAAACUCAGGAGGAGCGAGCAGAGCAGAGUUGCACUAGAGACGGAAAGCAAACUCAGGAGAGGGCGCGAAGGAGAGCUGCUGCGAUCGCUGCAGGACGAGCUGGCGAGAGGAGAGAGAGUCAGCAUGGCGCUGGAGGAGACCGAGAAAGUGAUCGAGGAGCAGAGCAGGAAGAUCGAGUGGCUCCAGAAGAAGAACGACUACCUGAGGGAGAGCAAGGUAGACCGAUCGGAGCACGAGAAGCUGAAGAUCGACAUGCUGCGGCAGAGUGACCUUGUCCUGAUGCUGCAGCGCGAACUCGAGGUCAGCGAGUCGGACUGCAAGCACAAGACCAUGCAGAUAGGCUUUCUGCGGUCCAAGUACAACAAGGUCCUCUCUGGGCUCAAGGGCGUUCAGUUCACCUUGGAUUACAACCUUCACCGAGUGGAAGAGGAAUUCAGGAAGGAGUUCGCUAAGAAACUUGCCGUCUCACGUAUCUGCCAUGUCGAGGAGGAGGACGAGGGAGAGGAGGGAGAGCGGGGAGGAGGGGAGGAGCAGGGGGAGAGGUCUGUACGAACUCGCUUGCAAGACUUCAAGCAGGCACAAAAACUGUCGCUCGAUGGCAGUCAGGACAGUGAGGAGGCCGACUGGAGCGUUUGGCCCAUUGCGACUCCGCACCAGCCUUGCAAGUCGACGAUGCCAGGGAGCCGGAGGAUCGCCGCAUGCCCUCCAGGGUAUGAGGAUGAAGAUUGA